AUGGCAAAGGUGCAGGAAAAUUGGCGCGACGUUAUUGCCGAUAGGCUGCGGGAGCGGAAUAAAAACGAAUCGGCACGCUUUGCUGAUAUUAUACAUUAUAACAACCGCCUGUUCGAUACGGCCGCCAAACUGCGACAGGAAAAUUUGGAUUUGAAAAUUGAUCGAAAAAUACGGGACAGUGUAAAUGUGGCGGGAACGGCCGGUGGCAGUGGCACCGGUUUCGGGACGGACGUUGCCUCCAUAACAAACGCACAAAUACAAUCGCUCGAAAAGAAGGUGCUUGCCCAGCAGGAAGAGCUGACCGAACUGCACAAACGAAAGGGCGAACACUCGCAAAUGGUGAUCACCCUGAACCAGAAGCUGUCCGAUUUGCAGCGGCUGCUGGCUGAGAAAGAGCGAACACUGGCCGAAAAAGCGGCCCUGUGCGUCGCGUUGAAAGAAGAGCUGGACGAGCUGAAAGCAUCACACGUAACGAUAAAAGAUGAAUCGCUAGCAUCGCAAUUGCGCGCCAAUACGGCCGAAGACAAGUUGCGCACAGUGCAGGACGAAAACACCAAGCUGCUUAACCUGCUCAUGGAAUACAAAUCACGCGAUGCCGAGAUUAUGAACAAGGAAAACGAUAAGUUUGUAAAGGAGAAAAAGGCACGCAUCGAAAGUGAGCUCGAGCGGGCAAUACGGGACAUUCCGGGCCCGUCCUCGCUCGGACCCGAUCUCGAUCGGUUCGAUGUGGACGAUCUGCCGGAAGGGGUGGAGUUUAAGUUUGACGCUCACGAUGGUGAGGUAAAUGCGGUACGCUGGAGUCCGAUUGACCGUAUCGUGGCUACUGGUGGUGCGGACCGGAAAGUGAAGCUGUGGGACGUGGGAAAAGGUGUCUGUGAACAGCGUGGUGUGCUAGUGGGCAGCAAUCAAGGGAUUAAUUCAGUUGAAUUUGAUACGACUGGUUCCAUGAUUUUGGCUGCUUCCAACGAUUCUGCCAGCCGGAUGUGGUCCGUCGUUGAUCAUCGAUUAAGGCAUACCUUAACGGGACACAGCGGAAAGGUACUAGCAGCCAAGUUUCUUGGUUCCGCUUUCCUCGUCACAGGAAGCCACGAUCGAACGCUCAAAAUAUGGGACCUCAAAAAUCGUUCAUGUACCGAAACCAAGUUUGCCGGUUCGAGCUGCAACGAUCUAGUCACGACGGAUAGUUUCUCCUACAUUAGCGGACACGUGGACAAGAAGAUACGCUUCUGGGAUGUGCGGACGGCAGAGUGUACCGCGAACGACAUACCACUGCAGGGAAAAAUUACCUCGCUCGAUCUGUCCAAGGAUGGGAAGUUUUUGCUAAGCUGCGUACGGGACGAUACGAUCAACCUGCUAGAUUUACGCCAGAACCGCAUCGUGCGCACAUUUCGUAACGAUAACUUUAAGGUUGGAUGCGAUUGGUCGAGGGUAGCGUUCAGUCCAUCCUGCUCUCGGAUAGCGGCCGGAUCGGCUGAUGGAUCCGUUUAUAUUUGGAACAUUAAUGGACCACUGGAGACGGUACUGAAGGAUCCCAAGACUACUGAUCGGAAUUGGUUUUUUCACAGUGGAAACGGUGCGGCAGUCACGGCCGUCAGCUGGCAUCCGUUCAGCUCCACCCUGGCGUCGGUCGAUCGGGCCAAAAAGUGUACGAUCUGGUCGAAUGCCUAA